AUAUUUGUAUUGUCUCACUUUUCGUUCAAAACUGGUGGGAACAAAUAUUUUCGAGGAAGACAACGCAGCUCGUAUGCUAUGCCUUCGUUACCGUCAUUUACGCAAGUCAAAGCAUACAUGAGGAUGGCGCAUAGACGCUUCCGUAGACGGCACUGUCGCUGAAGACAGCUACUGUUUUUUGUUCUUCGCGACACAUUUGAUCAGUUUGUAUUUUAUACAAAGAUCACUUAUAAACUCAAAAUGAGUUUGGUCCCAUUGGAAUUUAAUCCUGAGGUUAUGACACAGAUGUUGCAUAAACUGGGAGUUCCAAAAAAAUGGAAUAUGGUCGAUGUCUAUGGCUUAGAUCCCGACUCGUUGGCUAUUUUGAUGAAACCAGUUCUCGCUAUGAUACUAUUAUACCCGCAGACUGACGAGCAGGAAGCAGCAGAAAAUUCUAAACAUCCUGAUACCAAUGUCUCUCCCAAUAUUUAUUUCCUAAAGCAGUUUCUAUCGAACGCGUGUGGCACUAUUGCUUUGAUUCAUAGCGUUGCCAAUAAUCUUGACGCGAUUGAACUUCAAGACGGAUUUUUGAAAUUUUUUUUUGAAAAUACCAAAAAUCUAUCGAGCGUUGAACGUGGUGAACUUUUACUCAAAGCAGAAGACCUAAUCGAAAUUCACAAAGAAUUAUCGCAAGAAGGACAGUCAACGGUACCUAGUGAAGAUGAACCCGUACUUCAUCACUUUGUCGCAUUUGUUCAAAAAGAUGGUCAUAUUUAUGAAUUAGAUGGACGGAAAACUUCCCCAGUUAAUCAUGGAAAUUCUGCGCCUGCUUCAUUUUUGGAAAAUGUUGCUCGCGUUUGUCAAGAAUAUAUGCAACGAGAUCCAAACGAAAUUCGCUACACGAUGGUCGCACUUGUUCCUGCCGAGUGAAUAUAAAAGAAAACUUCAUAUGCGAAUGUGAUAUAUAAUUUCGACUUUUUACAUUUUAAUAUUACCCCAGUAUUAUAAUGCUUAGCCUGAAAAUUUAUUUUUCACUUUGUGUAAUUCUGCA